AUCAGACUGAGACGCUGCAGUCUUUUCAGAAAGUUCGAGUGUGCACACCGCUUCUCUACAAAGAGUAACACAAUGGCUGAUGGGAUUGUAUGUCAAUCGUUAACCUCUGUAGAAUGGGCACAUCAUAUUUCUCUGCAACCUGCCGGUACACACGUCCUGGUUCCUUUUAUUUCUAUGACUGAUUUUCAUUUCUGAGAGAUGAAUUUUUAAAGCCCGACGUGCUUUGUUGUUUUCUGCAUUGUGAGACGAAGUCUGUUGGAUUCUCAUUAUUCUUUGCAAUUCAACUGCGUCUAAUUCCUUGUAGCAUUCUAACUCAACUUUCGUUUAACAUUAUGUUGAAUCCUAUAGGAAGUUAUCUCAAAGCGAAGGAGUAUCCUGAAAUUUCUUUCAUUGAAGGUACGUUUAAAAGUCACCAGAGUGGCGAUAACAGUUUUAAUGGUGUUGAUAAACACAAAAUCAAGAUUAAGUAUUCAGCAUCCACGUAAACCACAAAAACGAAUAUUUCUCAACGCAAAGGGAUCAAUUUGCUGUUCUGAGGGAAAUUUCAUUAUCAGCUGAUCACCUCCAUUCACAGGACGCCGUCUCGUUUUGUACAUUUAUUGAACCAAGUAACCUUGAACUCUAUUUUAUCGGUUCCAUAUUAACCAUUGGCUUUUGACUGAAAGACUCUGGACAUUGACGUCCGGUUCGAAAUCCGAUAUGCGCGGAGGCCAACCAGUAACGACAGAAGAAAGAAGGAUUCGCUGAUAAACGUGUAAAAGCCUGACAUUGCGACGACAAUUUUGUGGACGGCUUGAGAAACAGCAGUUUUGACCGUCGAAUUUCAUUGAAGAACUCUUCAAAAACGCCUAUCUGGCAAGAUGGGCUUCGUUCGAAUUAUGCUUAUAAUAUUAACCCUGCUGUUAUGGGUUGCUGGAUCCGUUUUCGUAGGGUUAGCGGGGUACAGCAUGGUCGAAGAUAUGAAAUUCAAAGGCCUAACUGGCAGUUUGGCUUUGGACAUCUCGAUCCUUGGCACUGCAUCUUUCAUUUUUCUCAUUGGGUUUUUCGGGUGCCUUGGUGCCACUCUUCGAAAGCGCAACAUUCUGAAACUAUUCUUUGCUCUGCUAAUUUUUUUCCUGAUGAUCCAAAUCGCCCUAGUAGUGGUCUACUUUGCAAAGCGAUCAGAGCUGGAGGGCCUUAUCAAGAUUAGUUGGAAAGAUAUGACUGAUGAAGGCAGAGAGAGUAUCCAGUCUGAGAUGAAUUGUUGCGGCAUGGAAGUGAACGAACCAUACGCCUCCUAUAAUGUAUCUUUGUGCAUCACCAAAUAUCCAGCAACCAAACCAAAGACAUGCUUUGGUGCUCUUGUUGACUGGAUCCAUCAAAGAACUAUAACUGUCGUUUCUUCUGGCUGCGCUUUCAUAUUUAUCGAGAUUAUGAUGCUCAUAUUCACUUGUAUGCACAUUCGAGAAAUUGGGCGAGGGUCAACUGUUGUGCCAUUGAAUAUGAGCCAAAGAACCGGUCCUCCACGGCAGCGCAUGCAAAGAGGGCCGCAGGGUUUUGGACAGCCACCCCAGCCAAACUACUCUAAUGCUAACGACAACUUCUACUUGGAAGACUACGAAGAAGAUCCAGUGAUCACUCAUACGAGAAGGGAAUGGGUGAAACACAAUAGCAGAAAUUCUUGGAAGCUCCCAGAGAGGAAGAAUCCACGGUAAACGAACAAAGUCGUUAAUAUAGGCACUGUAGAGGGAAAUUAUAGGGCAGUAAAGAUAUGUUUAUUUGUUUAAGGUGACCAGUUUGGUUUUCUUUAUUUUUCGGCAACUUUAGAUGUUUUUUACUUGGUAACUGUUACCAAUCUUUAACUAUGCCUAUAAGGGGCCUUUUCUAAAGGGCCAUUUCCGUUAUUGUUAACCACCCGUUUGACGAUAAUAUUUUUUAUGGACUUGCAGUCACUCAAGUUAUGACCUACUUUUUAGAUUAAAAUUAUUUUAUUGUGUAUAUUAUACUAAGAAAAUAACUUUUAGUUAGGUAUGAUUGUUAGUAAGUUAUAAUAUGUACAUUAAGAUAUAGAUUAAGGGUAUAUUUCCAUGUAGUAUAAUGUUGUUAUUUUGCGUAGCUUUACGUUAAUGGUCAGAUUGAGAAACGUUUGAAAAAGGCCAGGCCUAUUUUAAAAAUGUCCUUGACUAGCCAAAGUUCGACGCAAGGUAAUCCAUUCACCCAAAGACCGAGAUACAACUUUUUGUUUGGGGGGGGGGGCAGCCCUUAUAAGUAAGUGUAAAAACAGUCACAUUUCACAAAAUAGGAGUAGUUUACUUACGCAACUUAAGUUUUCUUGGGGGGGGGCAAGGCUCCCAAAGCCCCCCCGUCGUAUCUUGAUCCUUGGAUUCACCAUUUGAAGCUCGAUACCAAUUGGUCUUGCUGCUCUAUUUACAAAUUUGAAAUGUUGCAGAAUUCUAAAAAUUUGAAAGCAGCUUUACCUUCGCCUCCCAAAAGUCGUUCUUAAGGGAGAAUGAAAGUGCUUCUUAUAUGAUGCCCGAUUAGUACAGGUUAUCCUUUAAAGAUUUUCCUCUGUGUCAAGAAAUUUUCUUUUGGCAAAGAGAAGAUUUUGCCAAAAGAUUGAUUAAAUGGAAGGCAGGUUUUUGUUGUAAAAUAGUUUUAGUUUUUUAAAAGUUGUUCGAAAACCCUCCUUUACAGGAUAUCAAAUCUAAUAAAAUGAUAGAUUAGUUUUUAGAAGCAUUUCGAGAUAUAAUUUUCAAACACUUAGUAUGUAACUGGCAAAUAGGCCAUCUUUUGUCGUGAUCAGGGGCGUAGCUAGCAGGGGGGGGGGGCUGAAGGGGGGUGAAAUCCCCAAUACUUUAUAAGUUUGUAAGUAAAUAUUAAGUUGGUCCAUGAACUCGUUAGGUGAAAUAACACCUAAAUCUUUCCCUAUCUAUUGUCUUCGUCGGUAAAUUUUACACUUGAUGACCUCCACCCCACCAAUCUGGAAGGUCAAGCUACGCCACUGUUCAUGAUCGGAGGAGCAGCCUCGUUUCUGUUAUUCCUCGUUUACAGGUUGUAUAGUAGUUUAAUUUGAAACUUAAGCUGAUUCGUAUCAACUGACUGCAGAACCGUUGUCAAUAAUAUCUUCUAGCUCAUUUUAAAGAUUUCAAACAAUUUAGUAGUAGCAAGAAGCUCUCUCGCACUAAAAGAAUCUAAAGCUUGAAUCUUCAAA